AUGACCACUAUUCUAGAGGAACGUUCAUCUGAAACAAAUGACAAUCAUGAUUCUUUACUCAAAGAUUUGGAUGAUAUAUUUUUUCACGGAGCCAAUACUGCAAUUGUCAAACAUUCUUGGGAGCUACUUCGAGAAUUGGUGCGAUUCAAAGUCACCACCGUCAUCCAAGAUCGCAUUCAUGAAGACCAAAUAGAUCCUGCAAGCACUCCGAGUAUUUUUGAAAUGGAAGAAAGAAUCAUGGAAGCUCUCGAGUCAUUAUCCAGUGCACCAUUUACAUACCAGAGACUCUGCGAGUUGAUCAUACACCCACGACUAUACCAUAAAACGUUGGAAAAGUAUCUCCGAGCAGUGGAAAAAGUGCUUUUGGUAGCAUCCUACACUCCAGAUACCUACUAUACGCCUGCACCCCUAUCCAGUCCUGCAGAAUUCCGUGUCCCUCCUACAGAUGGUCAAAGCCAUAUCCCAGGACCGCUAGCCUAUUCUUUUUCCACAACAUACAUGCCUGUAUCCGCAACGCUUCCCUCAAAUUCAGCCAAAGACGCAGAUGUGUCUGACAAUGCUGACCAUACUGCAGAUAGAGAUGCCGUAUGUACCAGCACCGUCCAAACACAUUCAAUUAACCACGAUGAUCCUAUGGAUACCAACUAA